AUGCCAGGAGGGGACAAGAAUAGAAAACAGGCCAUCAUAGUUGUCAGGUUGAAACUUGAUCGCACAAGUACUGGCGAUAUGUCCGUCGAUGGUUCUGCAAAUGUGAUUCCACAGCGAAACGUGCUAAUUCCAAUAGAUGCCAGUCCAAACUGUGAGAUGGCGUUCAAUUGGUACUUGGAAAAUUUGAAAAAUGACAACGAUCUCGUUUAUUUUAUUCAUGUCAUUGAACCUGUGUAUUCUUCUCCAGCCAUUGGAUUGGCUAUGGAGUCGCCUCCCAUUAUGGUUGACGAUAUGACGCGUGUAAUGGAGGAGAGCAUAAUGUUAGGCAAGAAGCUUGGCCAAAAGUAUAUGAAACUGGCGAAGUCGGCAAAUCUAUCGUACAAGGCCUUCUUGCACAUUGACACUAAGCCCGGUUCGGCUAUUGUCCGGUCUGCAGCUGAGCACAAAGCACAGCUAAUUGUGAUUGGCUCUCGCGGUUUCGGAGCCAUCAGGAGAACGUUGCUGGGUAGCGUUAGCGACUACGUUGUCCACAAUUCCAAUGUGCCUAUUGCCGUGGUACCACCGAAGCCCAAACAAAGGCCAUAG